AACUGUGCAACGAUCACUUGGUAGUCAACUUACUUGCUACUUUGCAAAUGGACACCGCCAGAUCCGGCAUAGCCUCCGUGAAGGAACUGGAGUGCCGUAUAGACAGCUGUAGGCUGGAAUUAAAUGCGCUGGAUGAAGUGUGGCCCAAUAUUUAUAUAGGUAACAUGGUCACAGCACACAACAAGGAGGAGCUGUGUCAACGUGGGAUCACCCACAUACUGAACACAGCGCACAAUGCCUGGGGGAGCAAAGGAAAUCAGGCCUUCUAUGGGCCAGAAUUCUCUUACUAUGGCAUAGCAGCAGAAGACUCCGUAGAUUUUGACCUGAGUGCCUAUUUCCAUCCGGCCUCAGAAUACAUCCACCAAGCAUUAAGAGCCCCAAAAGGAAAGAUCUUGGUUCAUUGCAUUCUAGGCAAAAGCAGAUCCCCAGCGCUGGUUCUGGCUUAUCUGAUGAUUUGCCAGAACUUGUCUCUGGCUGAUGGUCUUGAGGCGCUUCUGCAGCAUCGGGCAAUUUCCCCAAACCGAGGAUUUCUAAAACAGCUUCAAGAUCUAGACCUGGAACUGCGGUACAAGAGAACUCGGUGUCAACUUUUAUGA